UAACAUACAGGUAGGCUAUAUAAGAGAAGCACUCUGAAGCUCGGGAGGCUGAGUGACGGAAAAACUCAGAAGAAAUUGUCUUUAUUUUACCUUUCUACGUUUUCUCAAACGCACAAAUGUGUAAGGGACUUUCCUCCCUGCCCUCCUCAUGCCUGGAGAGGGCAAAAGACUUGCGGGUGAAGUUAAGCCAUCUGACUGAGACGCACCACAAGCUAAAGGGUCAGGAUGGAAGAGUUCCCCUUGACCUGGAGACUCUGCUGAAAAACAGAAGCGCUCUGCAGGCGUUUCGUGGGUUCCUGCGCUCAGAGUUCAGUGAGGAGAACCUGGAGUUCUGGCUGGCCUGUCAGGAGUACAGAGUUUCUCCUUCUAACGUGCAGAAGAUAAAGUCCAGCAGCAUCUACAACCAGUUUAUCAACCCUGACGCCCCACAGGAGGUAAACUUGGACGCUGAGACUCGGGAGGCUCUGCUUGGAGUGACGGACUCUCCGUGUGCCGACACAUUCGAUGAGGCACAACAGAGAAUCUACAAUCUGAUGGCCAAAGACUCCUUCCCCAGGUUCCUGCGCUCCAACCACUCCAUUAAAGCUUACUAGACUUGCACUGUACUUACUACAGAUCUGCUUUAGAAAUAAGUGCUGCUUAAUUGGGUUUUACUAACCCUUUUCACAACUACCUUGUUAUGUGAUUGUUUUUCGAAUGGUAGUGCUGUCCUUGUGCACCAAAUGCAUAAUGCAUUCUGUCAUUGGUAUGUUUCUGAGUGGUAGUUGUAAAGCAUAGAAACCUUAACUAAAAGCAUACAUAUAGCUAGCUGCAUGAGUUAGAAGCGACAUCCAUAAUGGAUUCAAAUAAAAAUAAAAAACUCAUAAAAGACAGCUCA